AUGACAACCAUCUUCGAUGUCCCGGGCACCAACUCCCCAAGGCCCUUUUCCCCGCUCAUCCAGCAAGCUUUCCACGUCGAGACACCCGAAGCUGCAACAUUCAAUGAACUCGCCGCUCAGAUCGUCAAGCAAGUAACCACCUCCCCCGACCCAGCAAACGCAUUUUGGUCGCUCUGGGACGCCUUCUUCGUCGCCAUCACCACCUCCCCUCCCCACCCCCCAACCACCCACGGCGAACCAUUCGCCUCCCCACUCGCCCUCCUCGACGCCCUACGCGCACACCCACCCACCACACCCACCAAUGUCGCGGCCGGUUCCGACGCAGAACUCAAGCUCCGCACCACAUACCUCGACAAGACCUCCCACACGAUCCCUUGGUCCAACCUCCCCGGCUUCUCUGCACAGUGGCGUGACGUGCACGACAUCCUCGAGGCGUGGCGCGACUGGGACGGCAUCCGCCGCAGCAGCGGCACUACCACGAACACGGCCACCCCCAACGACGUCCACCAUGAUGAUGAGCGCCACGACCCCGCGCAGUACUUCCUCCGCUUCGUCUCCUUCUCGGUCGCGCUGCUUCAGCGAGAGCACGACCGACACCGACACAGAGACGGCGGUGGCGGGCGCGCCGGUAUCGUCCAUCUGGGUGUUCUUCAGCUGCAAAGAAUGUCACUAGACAGCGACGGUCCCCCAGCCGCUGUCUGA